AUGUAUUUCGUUCCAUUUCUCUUCAUCGCGACCUUGAUCGGCUAUGCGCAGGCGCAGACUCCGAAAGGCUUCACACCCUCUGUAAAUACCAAGCUGAAAGUACUUUUCAACGACACAUCGGUCAAGACACCGGGGCAGCUGUUGACAAAAGCUGAAACCGCGAGCCAACCCCAAAUCGCCUUUGACAGUACCAAGCUCUGUUCAAAUGAGACAUACAUGUUCGUGAUGCUCGACCUUGACGUACCUCCCGCACAAGGAAACACCACACGCCGUGUUCUACUACACGCCUUGAACACGGGAUUCAAAGCAACUCAGCAACCAGCCGGCGGGUCUGAUACUCUCCUCGUUUCGUCCAGCAAGGGACCCGCACCCUACCUCAGCCCUGGUCCUCCGCCAACGGACACCAUUCCGCACCGCUAUGUACAGUUGUUGUUCAAGCAGCCGGAGGAUUUCAGCUUGAAAGCGUCGGACUUUGCGGACACGGGAGCUAGGUUCAAUUUCGAUAUCACCUCUUUCAUGUCGAAGAAUGGUGUUUGUGCGCCGCUGGCUGGUAACUUCUUUACGGUGGAUGGGAGGGCGAACGCAACUGCAGGUAGAACCGCAAGUCCGACCGGGAGUGUAAAGAAGAAUGUUUUGCGUCGUGUGAGGGUGCGGCAGGGAAAACACAAGCGUCAUAUGGGGUAG